GACAUCACGAGCUUGCGCACGUCCCUGAACGAUAGCAGGACUGCCGCUGAGGAUCUGUUGUGCCUGAUCGAGACAUCUCAAGCCGCAGUUUUUGGGAUUAGCGCUGACGGCCACGUCACAGAGUGGAACAAAAUGGCUGCCGAAUUGACGCAGUUCACCACCGAAGAGGCUGUGGGGAAGCUAUUGGUCGACCAAAUCAUUCCACAGGAGUUCAAGAAGGAGGUUCAGGCCAUGUUGACUGCAGCAAGCGAGGGCUCCGAGAUCGUCAACUUCGAAUUGCCGCUUAUUAAGAAAGAUGAGACGCGGAUCACUAUUCUGCUCAAUGUGAGGGCCCGUCGCAAUGCAAAUGGGGAUUUUCGAGGUUUGAUCGGGGUGGGCAAGGACAUCACCGAGUUGCGAAAGACCCUUACAGAAAGCAAGGCGAUCGCAGAAGAUCUCUCCCGGCUGAUAGAGAGCGCGAAUGCUCCCAUCUUUGGUAUCAACGUCGACGGGCGCGUCACCGAGUGGAAUGCGAAGGCAGCCGAGCUGACCAAGUUCCCCAAGGAGGAGACGCUGGGCCGGCUGCUCGUCGCUGACUUCAUCUCGGUAGAGCACCAGGAGCGCGUGCAGGCCGUGCUGACAUCGGCAUGCAAGGGCCUGGAGGUGACGAACUUCGAGCUGCCUCUCCUGACCAAAGACGGGCAGCAUAUCGAUAUCCUGCUCAACACCACCACUCGGCGUGAUGCGGAUGGGUUAGUAACAGGAGUUGUAGGGGUCGGCCAAGAUAACACAGCGAUGCGGAAGGCUCUGAAUGAGAGCAAGACGGUCGCAGAAGAUCUGUCGCGACUGAUCGAGACUGCGAAUGCCCCCAUCUUCGGGGUCAGUGUCAAUGGUCGUGUGACUGAGUGGAAUACGAAGGCGGCUGAGUUGACGAAGUAUUCAAAGGAGGAGACGAUGGGACAGCAGCUGGUUGAGCGGUUCAUCACACCUGAUUAUCAGCAAGAGGUGCAAGCUGUGCUGACUGCAGCAUGCCAGGGAUCGGAGACAGCGAAUUUCGAGUUCCCACUGAUGACAAAGGAUGGGCAUAGAAUUGAUAUUCUGCUGAACGCCACUACCCGUCGGGAUGCAAACGGGACAGUCACAGGUGUGGUCGGGGUGGGUCAGGACAUCACCGAAAUUCACAAGGCUUUGACAGAGAGUCAGACGGUUGCAGAAGACCUCUCCCGGUUGAUCGAGACAGCAAACGCUCCCAUUUUCGGAGUGAGUGUCGAUGGCCACGUGACCGAGUGGAAUGCGAAAGCAGCUGAGCUGACAAAGUUCCCCAAGGAGGAAACGAUGGGGCAGUUGCUCGUGGACCAGUUCAUCACUCCGGACUACCAGCAAGAGGUGCAGGCUGUGCUGACUGCGGCUUGCCGGGGCUCAGAGACUGCGAACUUCGAGUUUCCACUUAUGACGAAGGAUGGACAUCGAGUCCACAUUCUGCUGAACGCUACCACCCGCAGGGACGCGAACGGGGAUGUAAUAGGAGUUGUCGGAGUCGGACAAGACAUCACAGAGAUCCGGAAAAUCUUGACGGAAAGCAAGACGGUCGCAGAAGACUUAUCCCGGCUGAUCGAGACGGCGAACGCUCCAAUCUUCGGGGUGAGCGUAGAUGGGCGUGUCACUGAGUGGAAUACGAAGGCAGCUGAGUUGACGAAGUACUCGAAGGAGGAGACGAUGGGGCAAUUGCUUGUGGACAAGUUCAUCACACCGGACUAUCAGCGGGAGGUGCAGGCUGUUUUGACUGCAGCUUGUCAAGGCUCAGAGACUGCGAACUUCGAGUUUCCACUGAUGACGAAGGGUGGGCAUCGAAUUGACGUCUUGCUGAACGCCACCACCCGUAGGGACGCGAAUGGGGAUGUGACAGGAGUGGUCGGAGUCGGACAAGACAUCACAGAGAUUCGCAAGGUACUUACGGAAAGCAAGACGGUCGCAGAAGAUCUCUCCAGGCUGAUCGAGACAGCGAAUGCUCCAAUCUUUGGGGUGAGCGUAGAUGGUCGUGUCACGGAGUGGAAUACGAAGGCAGCUGAGCUGACGAAGUAUUCUAAGGAGGAGACGAUGGGGCAAUUGUUAGUGGACAAGUUCAUCACACCGGACUACCAGCGGGAGGUGCAGGCUGUGCUGACCGCAGCAUGUCAGGGCUCAGAGACGGCCAACUUCGAAUUUCCAUUGAUGACUAAAGAUGGGCAUCGAAUUGACAUCCUUUUGAAUGCGACCACCCGUCGGGAUGCGAAAGGGACGGUGACAGGUGUCGUCGGUGUUGGGCAGGACAUCACAGAGAUUCAGAAGGUUUUGACAGAGAGCAAGACGGUCGCAGAAGAUUUAUCCCGGCUGAUUGAGACGGCCAAUGCUCCCAUCUUCGGGGUAAGCGUCGACGGCCGCGUGACUGAGUGGAACACAAAGGCAGCAGAGUUGACGAAGUAUUCGAAGGAGGAGACGAUGGGCCAGCAGUUGGUUGAGCGCUUUAUCACCCCGGAUUACCAGCGGGAAGUGCAGGCUGUGCUGACAGCGGCUUGUCAGGGUUCGGAGACUGCAAACUUUGAGUUCCCUCUGAUCACGAAGGACGACCAUCGUAUUGAUAUCCUGUUGAAUGCGACCACCCGUCGGGAUGCGAAUGGAAACGUGACGGGAGUCGUUGGUGUCGGCCAGGAUAUCCAGCUAUCAGAAAGAUACUGA